AGUUUUAUGUAUGGUGAGAGGGUGUGUUCUAAAUUUUUUAUGCGUUUAUCAGCAUCUCUUUUAUUCCAGGUUGUCGGCACAGUGCCCAGGAUGAGGAGGCCCUUUCAGAGCAAGGUGAUGUUGUUAGAGAGUCACAGGUCAAGAAUCCAAAGCUAGGUCCAUCCAUCCAGAAGUCUCAUUCUUGUGAGAUAUGUGGCCCACUCCUGAAACACAUUUUGCACCUGGCUGAGCACGAUGGGACACACCCCGAGCAAGAGGUGUACACGUGUGUGUCAAGUCUCUCCCAGCACCAAAAGGAGCUGAGUUGAAAGAAACUCCCCUGAUGGGAUGAGGGGAGGAAUUCAUUUGUGAAGAACUGCAGCAUUCACGUGACAGAGAGGACCUUGACGUGCAGGGCGGGAAUGAAAGACUUUCCGGCCAGUUCAGGCCUUCUCCAGCACCAAGCCCUUCACACAGGAGGGAAGCCACACAGCGACAUGGAAGGCAGGGCGACCUUUGACAGUGGACAGAAUGAUUACAAGUGCAGUGAAUGUUGGAAAACCUUUAGCCACAAACACAUACUUGUUAAGCACCAGAAAAAACAUUGCAGUGAAAGUGGAAAGGCCUUCAUCAGAAGGUUCCACCUGGUUCAGCACCAGACAAUACAUACUGAAAUGAAGCUAUAUGAGCACCUUGGAUGCGGAAGAUUCUUUACACAAAGCUCUGGCCUCAUUGAACAGCAGACAGUUCACACUAGGCCAACACCUUAUGAGUGCAGCCAGUGUGGGAAGUGGGUCAAAGACAACUUCACACUCAUUGUUCAUCAGAGAGUUCACACGGGAGAAAAGCCAUAUAAAUGCAGUGAAUGCGGGAAAGUUGUUAGCUACAGCUUCACACUCAAAAGACAUCAGAGAGUUCACAUUGGAGAGAGGCCAUAUGAGUGCAGUGUGUGUGGGAAAUUUUUUGUAGACAGCUCCAUGCUCAUUAUUCAUCAGAGAGUUCACACUAGGGGAAGGCGUUUUGAAUGCACCAAAUGUAGAAAAUUCUUUAGGUACAACUUCAUGCUUGAGAAGCAUCAGAAAGCUCACACUGGAGAAAGGCCUUAUGAGUGUAGUGUAUGUGGGAAACUCUUUAGGCACAACUCAAAUCACAUUAGGCAUUAGAGAAGUCACACAGGAGAAAGGUCUUAUGAGUGCAGUGUAUGUGGUAGACUCUUCAGCCAAAACUCCCACCUCAUUCAGCACCAAGAAAUUCACGCUAAAAAGUAUUGCAAACAGGGAAAGACUUCAAAGGAAAGUCUGAUCUGAUUUAGCACUGGGAAGUACUGCUAUGCAGGUGUUUAAAAAUUUUUUAUA